ACACGAACAGGCGCACACUCCAGCAGAGGCAGCGAGCAAUUCCACGCUAACUGCGCCGCUCCAGGAUGACCUGGUUACAGAUUUGCAGCAUUUUGCUUCUUCUCGCUGUGUGCCACUCUGGAGACAGCAUUAAGGUAGACAUGGAGGACACAGACUGGGAGUGGGGCUCCGGCCUGCACGAGCAGCUGCACAUCUUCUCUGCAGAGAAUCCCUUCAUGGGGGAAAUGCCAGAGAAUCAUGUGGUAAAUUGUACUCAGCACUUCUUGCUGCCACCAUCUCUACCAGUGUGCUGGGAAGACAUAGCAGGUCCAAAAGAGUUUGAGGAGACACGUCUUCUGGUACUGCAGAACCAAGCAGCUCUGCAAGCUGUGACUGAGGUCAGUGGAUUGGAGGAAGUGGAAGCCUCGUAUAGCGAGCAGGCAAUGUCAGAUGUACAAGGAGUUCGGGAGGAUCAGCUUAGCAUUUCUCUGACUGUACAAUCUAUUGAGAAAGUCUUCUUUGACCUGGAGGAGAACCGGAAGCAUGCAAGGCAACAGCAAAAAUUGUCCAGUUUGAAGGAGAAUAUUGCAAACACCAAUGAAUCCAUAAAUGGCAGGAAGCAAAUAUCUGUACGUCUGGAGCAACAUCUUUCCCACAUUGAGAGGACCUUGAAUGGCAUCCAGCAAAGACUAAACAGACUACUGGCACACUAAAUGUGUUAAACAGAGGAUUUACGAAUUUUGCUUUAGUACGAUGCAUGACUGUGAUGAGAUUUUUAUAUUUCAAACCAUGUUCCACAAACACAUUAUUAUAAAAGAUGAGUGAUCAUCUCAUCCACUUAAACAUAAUAUAGGACUGUUUUAUUAUACAUUGCAAUGUAUUAUUUCUUAUAUUGUGCUGAUAAACCAUGCAGGCAUCAUAUUGAUUUUAAGGAGUCAAGUUCUUCCCAGGCUUGAUAGACACAGUGUGACGUAGUUGAGGGUAAAUAAUGCCAUUUUUUCUACAGCUUUGCCAGUAAUACAAAACAACCAAUUACAAUUGUAAAACGCAAUAAAAAGAGGAAUCUGUGAUUUUUUAA